AGUUGCCACAGUCAACCACUGUGCUCCACACCAUGGCGAGAUGACUGACAUGCUUGGUCGUGGAAUCCGUGGAGUUUUUAGUGUUUAGCGCGCGCGGGUAUUGGUUCAGUCUCUAGCGUGGGUUUUCCUACUGUGUGGGGUACACCGGUACCCCGUAUGGCUUGCAUUCAGAGCCUGUUUGCGGAAAACGUUAUCCUUGGCAUGCUUCCUCAAUGUAGGACCGUAGCUCCGCACUCUCGCUACAGCCAACAUUCCUUGUGCCGAACGCUUCAGCUCAAAACCCAAAAAGCCUCCAAAUGAAACAAACUACUAAGUUAUGCAGGAUUGUAGGCUUCUUGAGGCCAUCUCAAGAGGCGAUGCACUUGCAGUGCGCAAGCUUCUGGACGACGGCGUUCCUUGCACUGCCACAAACAACAAAAACGAAACUUAUUUGCACGUCAUAGCGAAACAGAAGCCACUAAAGAACUGCUCCACGGCUGAAUUAAAUGCAUACAAACAACAUCAAAAGGAUAUUAUCUAUAUGCUGAGCAAUGAAGGUCUUUGCCCCAGUCAACAGAACACUGAAGGCAUGACAGCCAUCCAUUACACUAUCGAAAAUUUAGACCCUGAUCUUCUCGGUACUUUCCUUCAAUGCACCCCAGAUCCUCCCAGUGACAUAUAUGAUGUCACAAGAUCAGAUGCACUGCAAGAGGUUCUCAAUAAGUUCAAGCCGGGACUGUGCAAUGCAAUCCGCCAAUGCUCCAUAGCUGAUGUGCGUCGCAUAAUCAACAUGUGGUGUCGCACUGAAGUCUUCCAGAAGGAUGGCCCCAGUUUAAAAGAACUUGCACUAGACUCUGGGCAUGAAGAUAUCAUCACUUUGAUCCUUGGAGUCGAGCCAUCGAUGCGCCUGGUUCAUCAUGUUCUUGCCCGUAAAGUUGAGAAGGUGAAAGAGAUACUGGAUGCAGAGCGAAAUAAUCUGAAUUUGGAUUUCAGGAACAUGAGUGAUCACGGUGCACCGAUACUCUACUAUGCCAUCGCAAAUCGAGAUGCUGAAAUAGCCCGACUGCUCAUCAUGGCAGGGUGCCAUAUCUUCACUCUUAUGCGAGAUUGUGAGAAUCGAGAAAUCCCAGUAAUCUUUUCGGCCCUUGCAUCUGAUAUGAGUCCAGAUAUAGCAGAUGCCCUAAUGCCUGAUAAUCUGAGUGGCCAGAGGGAGUUACUCCGAAGGCUCAUUUACAAGGGCAGCACAAUUCUAGAAGUUGCCCUCAAGAAGCGGAUUCCACCAAGUGCUUUUGAAAUUAUUUUGCAACGAGGAGGUGCACCACUGCUCGCAUCCAGAGACUGGCAAAACAGGUCUGUGCGAGAUCUGGCAGAAGAGGCUGGACAGAUCAAUUAUGUCACUACAAUUGACAAGGUCGUCAAGAGCUGGGUAGAAGACAACACCAAGUAUCCUGACCAGCGACAACUCCUGGCCAUUUGUGGGUACAACCACAUAAAGCAACUUUUCAUGAAGGAACUUAGGACUGAGAUAACAGCAAACACUACUAUUGAAUAUUUGGAGGGUAUUGAAGCACAUCAGAGCCAAAUUUUAAAGCUUUUCAAAGCGGUAGAGGGCGGUGACCUAGAAGAAUUCGAAGCCCUGAGGACAUGCAAUUUGCCAGCAUUCAAAAUGAACCUUUGCUGGGAAUCAUGUUCAAAGGGCGAGGGUCAGCCUCUCCUUCACCGAGCAGUGUUAUUCAACCAUCCACGGAUCGUCCAAGUCAUCCUGGAAAACAUUCCACAGGGCCAAUCUGUUGAUACCUUAUUGGACCAGCAUCACCGCACUGCCUUGCAUUAUGCCUAUGGAAUGCCAAAUGCAAAGGAAAUAGUCAAACUGCUCAUGAAUGCUGGCUGCUCAGAACACACCCUCGACAGAAUUGGGAAGGAGCCACUGGACUUCAAGUUGCGGUGUGGCUCGCCUGCUAUGGAUACACUGCUCAAAUCUAUACGCAACAAGACGUUCAUUGACGAAUCCAAGAUUUGGGCCUCCAAGGUGUUUGCUGUCAGGGAGCCAUCCAAGCCCAAACAGAGGACCCAGCCCUGUAUGGCUCAUGGAAACACCACACACAUGUUGCAGACCUCCCCCUGCCCUUGCAAACAUGCACAUGUGCCAAUUUCACAGGAAACACCUUGCCAAGGCAAAACGAACAACUGUCAGGAAGAACGCUGGUGCAGCAUCUUGUGAUCUAGGACAACUCCUGUUCAGAGUA